AUUCAUGACAAAGAUUGUGUUCAUGACUGUCGUUAUUAUAUCUUGUUUAGCGUUUAGUUCAAGAUUUUUCAAGUAAUUUUAUGAUAACAAUUUGUGGAACUCUCUGAAAAAUCGUAUAUUGUUGUUAGUUCAUGAUUAACAUGAAGUUUGUCGCAACGAUGUUGCGGCCCAAGGGUACACUGCGCUUCGUCAGGCUGGCACACAUACCCACUUGGCAAAAAAAUCCAAACUUAGAUAAAAUAAUUCGCGUGGAUCACGCGGGCGAGUUGGGCGCAGACCGCAUCUACGCGGGCCAGAUGGCGGUGCUGGGCGGCACAGCGGAGGGCCCGCUCAUACGACACAUGUGGGAACAGGAGAAGAAGCAUCGCGAGGCAUUUGAGAAGCUCAUCAACGAGUACCGUGUGCGGCCCACAGUUCUGACGCCCCUGUGGAACGUGGCCGGGUUCGCGCUCGGCGCUGGUACAGCGUUACUAGGUAAGGAAGCUGCUAUGGCGUGCACAGUGGCAGUGGAGACUGUUAUAGUAGACCAUUAUAAUGACCAGUUGCGUACGCUGAUGGAAGACCCGAAUGUGGACAAAGAGAUCCUGGAGACCAUCACUAAGUUCCGUGAUGAGGAGCAGGAGCAUCACGACACUGGUAUCGACCACGGCGCAGAACAGGCACCCUUCUAUAAGGCUCUCACAGAAGUCAUCAAGACCGGAUGCAAAGUGGCCAUAGAAAUAUCCAAGAGAAUAUAGUUAGGAAAUAAGUUUAGAUUAACACUUAUAUGAUAUAUUUUUGUUUAAUAAAUAGUGUAUUGUU